AUGCCGAAAUCAGCUGAAUUAAAAUGUUAUUUCAAAUGUGAUAUCGAUGGACCUUUACAUCGCUUUCCCAAAUGGGAAUAUCCUCAUACAGAGAAGUUUAACCAAUGGAAAUCUGUACUUGAUAACACAACUCAAGAAAGAGGAAACAAUUAUAUUUACAAUUCCAUUCGUAUAUGCCACAAACAUUUUGAGGAGUACUUCAAAUCAUCAAGCAGACGAUUAACAAGGAAUGCUGUCCCUACAUUGAACUUGAAAAAUUUACCACAAAACACAACAAUAAAACCUAUAAUUGAAUCUCAAGACUCAAUUGAGCAAUUUGCCAUGAUGGACCCAUGCACAUCAAGUUUUUCACAACAAUUGAAUGCAGAAUCAGAAUCAAUUCCAAUUUUACCAAAAAGCCCUAAGAAAAGCUAUUUGAAGCAGAAAUGUUCUCAAAAUAUUAUUAAUCAAUUAAAGAAAAAGUUACAAAAACUGAGUCAAAAAUCUAAAAUUCAGACCAAAAAAAUUGCAGCUGCAAAACGACUAUGUAUGUCAAAAUCAUUUAUAACAACAAUUGAAAACUUACCUGAUGCAGCACAAACUUUAAUUAAAUUACAGUUAAAGUGGAAAAACAAACCAAGAGGAAGACGAUACACCAUUGACGAGAAAAUAAUGGCCCUGACUAUAUUAAAACAAAGUCCUAAAGCAUAUAAACUUUUAAAUAAAAUGUUUGUUUUACCUUCAAAGCGAUGUUUACAGAAAAUUCUAAGUACAUUUACACUUAGACCAGGUAUCAAUAAAAAUAUACUAGAAAAUUUAAAAAGACAUGUAGAACGCCUACCAGAAGAAAAAAAAUUAGUAAAUCUACUAUUUGACGAAAUUUCGUUAGCCCCUGGUCUUGUGUACAAUGCAUUUUUGAAUGAAAUUGUAGGUUUCCAAGAUAAUGGCAUUACAAAAAGUGGUGAUAUUGCAGAUCGUGCCCUUUGUUUUAUGAUCAAGGGCAUUAAAAGCAUGAAAAAACAACCCAUUUGUUUUACUUUUACUAAAGGUGGAACUAAAAAAAGUGACUUGAAGGCCCUGUUAUUAAUCGUAAUAAAAGAAUUAAACGCAGCAGGGCUCAAAGUAGUAACUACAAUUUGUGACCAAUGUCCCACAAAUGUUGCAGUUAUAAAAGAAUUAAGAGAAGAAACGAGAAAAAAAUAUGACAUUGAACGAAACCUACAAAUGCACUUUGAGGUAAAUAACAUGAAAGUGUUCCCAUUAUUCGAUACACCCCAUUUGCUCAAAGGAAUUAGAAAUAAUUUAUUAAAUAAAGAUGCAAAAUUUAUUGAAAAUGGACAAGAAAAGUGGGCAAAGUGGGAACACCUAAAAAUGCUACUGGCCAUUGAUGUUGGUGAUGAUGAAAUUCGUCUAGUAAAUAAGUUAACCGAAAAUCAUGUAAAUAAGGAUAAAUUAAAAAAAAUGAAGGUUAAGUUAGCUGCACAGGUAUUUAGCCAACGAGUAUCUGCUGCACUUCGAUUUUCAGCAAAACAUGGAAUAUUACCCGAAGAGUGUAAUGGAACAGCUGAUUUUCUUUUGAUUUUUGAUAAAUUAUUUGACUCUUUUAAUGGUCAUUCCUACAAUGAUGAACAUAAAAUAUAUAAAUGUUGUAUAAAAAAAAAUUCACCCCACUUCCAAUUGUGGGACAAACUGAUUCCGAUUUUAGAAUCAAUUAAAUUUAAAUCAUUACAUAGAAGAAAUGGUGUUGAUGAAAUAAAAUAUGAAUCGAUUCCAUCAAUUAGAAAUUGGGUUGGGAAUAUGAAAACAUUUAAGGAAUUAUGGGAGUAUUUAUCAGUUAAUCAUAAAAUAACUAAUUUAGUAGCUAGAAAUUUUAAUCAGGAUCCAUUAGAAAAUUUUUUUAGUAGUAUUAGAAGUAAUGGUGUUAGAAAUAUCAAUCCUAAUUGUAAUCAAUUUAUGAAUGCUUUCAAAACGUUGAUUGUCAAUAAUUAUAAUUCACCUCAUUCUGUAGGUGCUAAUUGUGAAGAAGAUAAAAAUACUGGAAUGCAAUCACUAUCAUAUUUAAUUCUAAAUAAUCCUAAUGAUUCUCAAACUGUUAAUUAUGCAACUAAUAUUGAUUCAUUGCUAAAUGUUAUGUCAGAUAUUAAAAAUAAUGAUAAUCUAUUGCAUGCUGAAUCAAAAAAAUAUGUUACAGGGUAUGUGAUUAAGAAAUCCAAAUCAAAAGUUUUCAAAAAUUGUGCUACCUGCUUAAAUGAUUUAUGUCGAUCUAAUGUUGAUUUUGAUUCAUUUAAUUAUGAAAUUGAUUAUACUAAAAAAUCCCUCUUUCACCCAAGUGAUCAAUUAAUACAUUUAAUGAAUAAUAUGUAUGACGUGAUUGUUGCAUGUCUUCGGGAUAAUCCAACAUCAAAAUGCUUAAAAGAUCAAAUUAAAUAUUUCAUUGAUUUUGCAUGUGAUUUUAGCAUAAUAACUUGUGAGAGGCAUAGAGUUGAUUUGGUUGAUUUUAUUUGCAAUCUUUGUAUUAAAGUGAUUGUAUACACGUUUGCGUCGAAAACAUUAAAUGUCGUUUUAUGGUUCUGUAUUCGGAUAUCGUUCGCUUACACCUUUCCGAUGCCGAGGGGGGUGAAGCGAGGGCCGGUGGAGGGCGAAGCUGAGGUGGUGGUACGCGUCGGAGCAUCUCCGUCGCACACCACUCUCUUGGACGACAGCCCCAGCCAGCCCAUCAGCUAUCACCUGCUCGACCAUGGCUAUGGUGCCACGCCUCAACACCAGAUACGGCGGGAGGCGCCCACCGCACCGCCGAAGACUUCUGAAGCGGUGAAAAGAAGGCUGAACCUGAGCGAGAGCAGUUCAGGCAGCCAGGGGCACGUGGUGCCCAUGAAAGCCGACUUCAAGACGCCCAAGCAGAAACGCGUCAAAGUCCUCACACCCUACGGUCGCCCGUCCAGUUCUAUGAAAAAAUACACCGAACGUUCCAGAUUUGACACAUCAUUAGGUUUACUUACAAAAAAAUUCGUUGCACUCCUUAAAUCGUCACCCAAUGGUGUUCUAGACUUAAAUAUUGCAGCGGAACACCUUUCAGUCCAAAAACGUCGCAUAUAUGACAUCACAAACGUAUUAGAAGGAAUAGGAAUAUUAGAGAAGAGAUCGAAAAAUAAUAUACAAUGGAAAUGUGGUCUAGGUGGUGCGGGCGGCGCGAACGAAGAGAACCGUGUGAGGAGGCUGCGGCGCGAGGUGCGGGCGCUGACGGCGCGGGAGGCGAGGGUGACGCGCGCGGUGUCGGUGGCCGAGCAGGCGCUGUCCCGGCUGUCGGCCGACCACGGCGCCCGCGCCUACAUCACAUACGCGGAUCUCAGGUCCAUCAAGGACUUUAGGAAUCAAACUGUUAUACCUAUCAAGGCGCCGCCGGAUACGAGGCUCAGUGUACCACACCCCGGUGAGAAUGGUUACAUGAUACACCUCAAAUCAAAGUCUGGGGAGAUUGAAGUCUUCCUAUGUCCUAAGGAGCGACCUCCUUCACCACCACCCUCGUCGGGUCUUUUGCCUUCGGACCCAUUACUGGAGGACAACAAGGCGUUGUUGGCUCCACUCAUGGCGCAGUUACAGUCCAUUCCCUCCAGCUCAAUCUCAGCCGCCUUUACCACGCCAAUCAAGCGCGAGCCGGUGUCGGAGCAGGCGGCGUCGACGUCGUGGUCGCGCAGCCUGGUGGUGAGCUCGCCGUGCGUCACCGACCCCACGCUGCCGCUGGCCGCCGCGCCCGCGCACCGCACGCCCUGCACGCCCGCCGCCUCCGCCGCGCCGCGGCUCACUAUGUCUACGCCGGACAAUGGUGCGAGAGGUCGGUUACAGAACGCGCUCAUCGCUGACAGCGACGACUUCGCGCCUAUCAUGGGCGGCGGCCGCUUCCAGCUGCAGACAGAAGACCAGGAGUCAGAGCCGCUAGAGUUGGAGCCGUUCCUAGCGCUGGAGCCGCCGAUGUCGGCCAACGACUACGGGUUCUGCCUCGACCACGACGAGGGCCUCUCGGAACUGUUCGACUUCGAGUUC